AUGGAGAAAUCCUGCAUAAAUGUGUUUGUGUAUGAUGCUCCUGAACAAUCUCAGCAGCCAAGCGGUCCACCACCAAGUGUCCCACCACCAAGAGUUGACCAUAACAUUCUGUUCGUGCGUCUUCCUGAAGGAGGAGCAGGUCCUGAACCCAUCAUUGUUCCUCCACCAAGGCAAGAGAACAUCGUGUAUGUCCUGAACAAGAACGACGGAGCAGGAGGCCAGCGAGUAAUCGAGGUUACUGCUCCUCCAGCUACCAAUCCCGAGGUGUACUUUGUCAACUACGAAGAGGGAGAGAACCCAACUCUUCCUAUUGGUGUGGAUCUUGAGACUGCUCUCAACGCUGCCGCUAGUGCUGGCGGUCAAGUGAUCGGAGGCGGCGGAGGAGCAGAGAAGGAAUAA